AUGGUUCACCUUAUACCAGUUUUCACUGCUGCCUUUCUGGCUUCCAAUGUAUUUGCACACGGCGAUAUCAACAAGGAAAUCUUGAGAAGAAAAGCCCAUCUCAACCACCCAGAACGUCGGAGCGUUCUGGAUUGCAAGCGGAGUCUUGUAGAUUCCGGGUGGGUCAGGGAGCAGCACCAAAGGCGCGAGGACAGGCUUCAUGAACUGCGUGUCGAAGCCGGCUUUGCACAAAUGCACGAGUUGGUUCGUCGCGACCCUGUAGAAGUUGAAUCGAGCUAUGGUAAAAAGGCGGCAUGCACGCUCGAUGUCGAGCAAACUGAGGGCCCUUUCUAUGUUUCGGGCGAACUCGUUCGGAAGAAUAUCGUGUCUGGCCAGAUAGGCCCGAAAGCACAUGUCGACAUUAAUCUGAUCGACGUACGGAAUUGCAAGCCCAUCAAAGGUGCUUAUAUCGAGCUAUGGGGAGCUAACGUGACUGGUGUCUACUCUGGCGUGCAAUCCACUGCCAACGGCGAUGGCUCCUCAGACCUUUCCUCGAAUGCCCUGCGUGGCCUACAGCCAACAGAUGAUGGCGGCACUGCUUCCUUCAUCACGCUCCUUCCAGGACACUAUGGCACCCGUGCAAAUCAUCUGCACACUCUGGUUCACCAUGACGCCAAACUCCUUCCGAACAACACCAUCACAGGUGGUACUAUUUCUCACGUUGGUCAAUUUUACUUUGACCAGGACUUCCUCUUUGACCUCGAGACAUCCUAUCCCUACACCUUGAACAAACAACCCUAUAUAUUCAAUGCGAAUGAUGCGCUAUUUGCCUACGCUAAUGCAACCGACGAUGAUCCUAUCAUGGAGGUCGUGAUGAUCGGCAAAACCUUGGAGGACGGAUUGUAUGCAACUAUUGACGUGGGCAUCAACCCUAAUGCAAUCCAGAAUUGGACAUCUCCUGUCGGGAAGUGGACCCCCGAAGGUACGGUGCUUGAUCCCGAUAGUCGAUGGGCGGGAUGGCCAGGGCCAAGUCCCGGAAGCUCACCUGUAUCUUCGCUUUCAGCAUCACCAUCGCCAUCACCCUCCUCAGCUCCGUAG